AUGUACGACUCCUCGCCUGUGCUUGACACCAGAGACUCCCGACGAAAAGCUGCUCAGAACGCACGAGACGAAGCUCAAAUGCGGCGCGAGGAGCAGGCGGCAGCGGAGGCCGAGCAGGCGGCGCGUCUUGCCGAGGCCGUACGGGAGGCGAAGUUGGCGGCCAUCGAAAAUGCAUUGGAUUGCCUUACGCGAGGAGGCGCGAGCCUGGGAGAUCUUCUUCUGCACGUCUUUGGCGAGGGCCGUGAUCACAAAUGGCGCUGGUGGAACUUCUUCAAGGAGACAUCUGUGGUCGAUAAUGUGAUUAGUGCGAUGGCGUCGAAGCACUACAACUUACCACGGGCGCGCGCGAAAGCAGAGGGUGCUAUGCUCAACGUGAUCGUGCACACCGUCGAACAUGAGGCGCGGCGCAUCACUCGCGCUGGCACCCUUCGUCCUCCGAAGGAGGUGGACGAGAACUUCGUCCUGGGAUUUAAAUUCCACGGCCUCGUCGAUACUAUCCUUCCCCAAUGUCCAACGAUUGCGAGGCUUCUGCUUGGUAUCUGUCAAACAAGGAGGCAGACCAAGGACUGUACGCUGGAGAAGCUAGAUCACAAGCGAUUCCUAACCGCCAUCUACGCCGCGCUGCUUCUAGGUGAACGAAGUCAGUAUAACUCGUGGUUUCGCCACGUCUUCGGCCUCUACCUGUAUUCCCAGGGCGCAUCUCGCCAGUUGAUCACUGUGUUAAAUCACCUGGGAAUCAGUAUGAGCUACGUCACAAUAGUAGGACGAGGCGGAAAUCUCGGUGCGGUGCCCGAGCGACCAGAGGUCGCCGCGCAAGAUGGUACUGAGGAAGAGGCAGUGGAAGGUGCACCUACAUCAGCAUCCAUCAACGACGGACUUCCGAAUACAGCAAGACCUCUCCGAGACCUGCGUCAGCAAGCUGCGAAGCCGGGAACACUGCAGUCACUCUCACUUCAGAUGCGGGAGAAAGCGAGGGAGAUGGCGAGGAACUCGGACUUCAUGGUGGUCUACGACAACAUCAAUAUGAUGUGGAGGGUCGCCGAGCAGAUACUGGGGCGUACCGACUCGAUGGAGAGCGGGACUUGUGCAACGGCCAUGCCACUGCACGAUGCAGACCCGAAGCACCUUGACCCUGCAGUGUUCUAUCAGCACUUCGAUGACGCUGAAAAGCUCGAGGCCACGGACCUGAUGCACACAGAGGAAUACAAGGCCCAACUGCGCCGGAACCUGGUACACACGGUGCUUCGGAUUAUCGUGCGCCGAGGUGGUGACGCGAUGAGGAAGAAGUUCGGGAAGGAGGUUCGGGAAAGCCAGCCGUCGACGUCGUCGAAGAUCCCUGUUCACGCCACAAAGAUCCAUCCGCUCCCGACUAUGCACAUCGACGAGCAAUCAAGGCAGGGGAAUGCAGACUUGAUCACCGAGAUCAUGGACGAGCUGGGCCAGGCGACAUCAGACACCGAGCGCGCGGACAAGGUUCGUCUUGUAGCCGGAGAUCAACUUUCAAUGGCGCGCAUUCGUGAAGUUGGCGUAGCUCGCGCGGGAAACGACGGCAACGCGGCGUCCCUGCGUCAUCUGCUCUUGACGCCUGGUUUCUUCCAUUACAAGAUGUCCGCCACCGCCGGCUUAAUGCAGACGUACCUUGGUACCAAGAACCGCGACCUAUCGAACCCUGCAUCAAUACACGCCCACAAUACUCUCCUUCGCCGCAAGCCGCUCACUGCCACGUCCCUUCCUCCGUUUCGCCAAUGCCGCGAUAUUCUCUUCAUCUCUGGCGACGCGAGGAUCUUGACUGUCCUUCUGAAAGUAUCAGGCAAAGCGUCACUCGAGGAAUACGCGGCGGAUGCGGAUAUCACCUUCGACGUUCUGCAGCGUCACGCCGAACAGAUUGUCGACCAGUACGCAAACCCGGAAGUCGCUCGAAAACUUCGGAGGGCUCGAGACCGUGGCAACGUGGAGGCGGGAGAUAUGGUCUUCGAGAACGCUGUCCUGUUCCUCCGAGAUGUGCUUCUUCUGCGCGAGUUUACGGAUGCGAUCAAGGGAGGCGACUCGGGCCGUAUCAUCACUGUGCUCGAGUCCUGGGUGUUCAGCUAUCGCGCGCAAGGUCGGCCCCAAUACGCGGGGGAAACACUACGCAUACUUCACAACUACAAGAAGGUCUGGCCUCCCGGUAUUCGUGAUAUUAUGCUGCGAAACUGGCUCGUGAACACGACGGGGAAGCCGAACGCUUUCCUCGAAGUGGACCUCUUGCAGGAGCACCUGAAUUAUUGGAUCAAGACGUACUUUCAGGCGCACGGGAGCAACGCCUCGUGGGAGUGGUUGGCCACGGUCUCGCCAUGUGUUAUUGUCCUGCGCUCGCUGGCAAACGAGAUCAACGACGCGCUCGGUUCAAAGCAGGGAAAGCGGCACACGGCGCCCGACCUUACCAAAGAUAUCCACGAACUCAUGGCAAGUCUGCAAAAGCACAACGUCUACGAGGUCGUUCCGGGACGUCGAUUCGACGCCGACGACUUGAGCCUCGUAGAUGAUGCCGUGUCUACGGGCUUUGUUAAGCUCAUCCAACCGACUGCGAAAGGAACGUCGCCGUUGGACGAUUAUAACACGGCGUUCACGCGCCUUCAGCGCGCCUACCGCAUCACGCCUAUUGUGGGCGGUCCGCCGACCUCUUCAGAGGCAACCUCGAGCGAAACCGUAUCCUCCAAUACCGCAUCUGCUCCUUUAGAAACGCGCUCGCGGUCUCCUACUCCGGAUGGCAAUGAUGACACGCCUCGCGGCGUGGAUCAGGAGGACAGCGAGGAGACAGGCAUCCCCUUCUUGCAGGACGACGCGGGUCUUCCCAACGACGAGAAGGUGCAGGAGUUCGAUCUGAACAAAUGGUUCGAUGAUUACGAGUUGAGCGACGAUGAGGACGACCUCUUGGAUGUAGAUGCGGACGGCGAGACGGACCCGGACGCGUUGUCGAACAAGGACUCCGACGUGGAGAGCAUCAGCGAUGAGGAGGCUGCCUCAAAUGCCGCGCCCGGCGAGGGUCUCUCCAGCGACAGCGAGGGCUUCGGUGAGGAUCUCGACGCAAUUGGAUAUCACUAG